AUGGCCAGAAGACCUCAGCGAAGCAGUGGAGUUGUCACGGAGCCUGGCAGCAUGGAGUCCAAACGGGCUAUCAUCUCCAAUGCAAUGGACCAACCUGGAGCAGCGGUGAGGAUGAUGCAACUGCAUGUGGCAGAGACCGACCACCCUCUAGCCUGGGUCUUAAGCUUCGAUGUGGGUGGCCCAUUUGCACCUGGACGUCACCACGAUCGGGUGUAUCCACGCUACAUGCUGCCCGCCAACCUGACGGUGCCCGUGCUGAAUGACCUGCCUCUGAUUGCAGGCUCACGUCCCAAAGAAGAAUCGCUCCAAGUAGCUGAUCAGCCAGACGAACUGGAUGUUCUUGGAGCUCAACUACAUGAUGACGAUGUGGACCUUUUCAAGAUGGAGUCUCCACUGGUGGUGGAGGGCCAAGAGAUAAUGAAAACAAGGCCGAUGCUCAGCCCCAGCCGCCUGUUCAACCUCUCGGUGAAGCAGGUCUUGGGCAGGCUGAAGAUCAGAGUCAAGAUGUUGAAGUUCUUGUGCCGCCGGAUGUUAACCCGGAUGAUGUGGCGCAAGCAAGCCAAAGUUGCAGACCUUCAGCGGUUCCGCAUUGUCAACUUGCCCGUGGCCAUCCCGUUAACAAGUCGAAGAGAAAGUCACGUGGUGGAAGCCGCAGCAACUUUGUACUCCAAAUGGCAUGGAGUGGCGGAAUGGCCGAAGAGUUCCAUGGCCACAACACCUGGUGACGAGCCCGCACAAAAUGGCAGGGUUGAGCAGUUGAUUGGUGGCCUCAAACGUGAUGUCCGUGUCCCCUUGAAGGCAGCGUCUCUUGAUGAGAGCUACUGGCCACUAGCUCUGCGACAUGCAGCCGAAUUGAAAUUCCGGCGGGUGCUCAGUCAGCUUGGUGCGUCAACACCCAAACUACUUCCAUUUGGUUGCCAAGUUCUGGUGCGAACCAAGAUUUGGCGACAACGCGCUCAACCAUGGAAAUGGCCCAUGGAAUCUGCCACAGCUUUGGGUCCUGCUUCUUCGAUGUCUCUCUCCUCAAGUGGUCAUUGGGUUGAAGUAGACAACGGUCGUGUUGGAUUCCGUGCCACUGUGGUUGUGAAGCCCUCUUUCCAUGCAACUCAAGAAGCUGGCAUUGUUCCUCUCCAAGCACCACAACAAGUUCAUCAUCUCGUGGAUGACGAUGAGGUGUAUUCACCCAGCUAUGCACCUGAGCACCUGGACAAUGACAUGGCCGAUGUGGCCAUGGAUGACAACACAGGAGAUCUUAAUGCUUCUGGCCAUGUUCAUGCUCUACCAAUUCAGCGCGUGCCCGCUGAGCAGUGUGGAAGACCAGCUUUGCCUUGGGGAACUGCAACAAAUGUUGCCAGCUCAUGGCUUUUGCACUUGCUACCCCAGUACAGCUGCGCAGUGCCGGCGCAAUUGGUAGACUGA